AUGGGAGGGAAAAGGGAAGAGGAUGAAGAUGAGAUCCCCGAUCAAUCACCUCUGUUUUUAGUUGCAGAGGAGGGGUUUCAAUCAGACCCUGUUCUUGAUGCUCGUGAAUACUUAGAUGUGGAUGCUUGUUCCAAUUUGAUUCUCCUUGUGCCUUCCUCGGUUACAUUUAAUCGCUUGACAUAUUUAGAGGUGCAAAAUUGCAAUAGGUUGAUUGAUGUAAUUGCACCAUCAACAGCAAGAAAUUUAGCUAAGUUAACAACAUUGAAGAUAAGAGCAUGUAAUUUAGUUGAGCAAAUUGUGGCACAAGAGAGAGGGGAGAUCCAAAAUAAUGAAAUUGCAUUCAAUAGCUUAGAAGUUUUGGAACUUGAAUCCUUGCCAAACCUCAAAAUGUUUUGCUCUAGUAGCUUCUCCUUGAAGCUUCCACUAUUAGAGGAACUUGUAAUAAAGCAAUGUCCAAGAAUGAAGAGCUUCUCUACCAAAGACACAAGCGCACCAUUAGUUCAACAGAUACUGGCAGAUGAUCAAGAUGGACAAUGGUUUUGUGAAGGUGACCUAAACGGUACAGUGAAAAUGAUCUUUCAACAGAUGGUGGCAUUCCAUAAUUUGGAGCGACUGGAGAUAUCUCAAUAUCCCGAGGUCAUAGAAAUGUCGAACCCAGCAUCAGCAUAUUCCAUUGGACAGGUUUGA